AUGGCUAUCAUUGGAAAUGGCUUUGAUGACCAGUCCUUUAGUAGUGAAGACACUUACAACCACGUCUUCACAGACACAGAGGCUGCCACCGUCAAAGGCUUGUACUUCCAACGUGCUCAGCUGCUCCGACCAGGAGCAUCAGGCUGGAGCCUCGAUCCCUGCCAGCAGGCCCUCAUCAACGUGGGGGGCAUUCGGUACGCCUACCCCUGGAGCACCCUGGAGGAUAUCCCCCAGAGCCGCCUGAGUCGUCUACGCUUCUGCACCACCCUGAAGGAGAUAGCAGAGGUUUGUGACGACUAUGAUGAGAUGCGACAUGAAUUCUUCUUUGACCGAGACCCUUUAGCCUUUCGGGCCAUCCACAACUACCUGGCAAAAGGGAAGUUGCGUCUGCUGCAGGAGGUCUGCGAUGUGUCGCUGCAUGGUGAGCUGGUAUACUGGGGCAUUGAUAUACCACUGAUGGAGCCCUGCUGCCGCCGUGGCCUGAUGUCCUCUGUGGAGGAGGCGACCGCACACCAGCUCAAGGAGGAAGAGUGGCGGCAGGCGAGGAGGAGGAGGCUGAGAGCUCUUGUGGUAGAGGACAGCCUGUUUCACAUGCUGGGAGAAGCAGUGGAGAACCCUCAUUCCGGUUUAGCAGGAAAGGUGUUUGCCUUCCUGUCCGUCAUCAUGGUGGUGAUCACUGUGGUCAGCCUGUGCAUCAGCACCAUGCCAGACCCACAGCAUCAACAGCAGGAAGAAGCCACUAGUAAAUGCUCCCAAAGGUGCUGCAACCUGUUUGUGGUGGAGUCUGUGUGUGUCGCUUGGUUCUCCUUUGAGUUUCUAGUGCGAUUUUUCCACGCACAGAGUAAGCUGGAGUUUGUCCGUGGCCCUCUGAACAUCAUUGAUGCUGCUGCCAUCCUGCCCUACUAUGUCUCACUGUUUCUAGAGCUUGGGGAUGAGUCUGUGCAGGAAAUUAUGGCUGGUGCAGGAAAAGGCACUCUGGAUAAACUGGGUCUAAUCUUGCGUGUGAUGAGGGCUCUGCGUAUCCUGUACGUGAUGAGGCUGGCCCGCCACUCUACGGGUCUGCAGACGUUGGGAGUGACUAUCCAGCGCAGUACGACUGACUUUGGCCUGCUGCUGCUCUUUGUGUGUGUCGCUGUGACCCUCUUCUCCCCACUGGUACAUCUUGCUGAGAGUGAGCUGGCCCCGAACGCUGCCAGAUCCCCCCUGCUCAGCUUCAGCAGCAUCCCAGCGUCAUACUGGUGGUCCAUCAUCUCUGUGACCACAGUGGGAUACGGUGACAUGGUGCCCCACAGCAUCCCCGGCCAACUGGUGGCACUGGUCAGCAUAUUAUCAGGGAUCCUCAUUCUGUCUUUCCCUUCUACAUCUAUCUUCCACACGUUCCAUCGAACCUACAUCGAGCUCAAGGAGGAGCACGGGAGGCUGUGGAGAGAGGAAAGGGGGGCCGAGCUCGCCACUGAGACUGACGAAAGCAUGAAAGAAAGAGAAACUUGGCCUGAUAACUGGCCAGAACCCAAUUUUUUACCUGGUCUUGAUGAUCCUUCCUACCUUUUCAUGAAAGACUUAACAGUAGCGGCUCAGAGCAAGAGUCAUGAACGUCUUUUUUCUCCUGUUACUUAUUGA